UCCGAGCGGAGCAGAAGUGUGGCUGACAGGUGAGGAGCCGCACGGUCACAGCAACAGUUCAUGCCGCUGGGACGAUCGCUCUCUGCAAAUCUCACCACAGAAGAUGUCUUCACUGCUCAAGGUGGACAGAGAAAUUAAGUCUAAGGUUGAUGCUUUUAGGGAACGGAUCACAGGAGAAGCUGAGGAUCUAGUCGCAAAUUUUUUCCCAAAGAAGUUACUGGAACUCGACCAGUUUCUCAAGGAUCCAAGCAUAAACAUAGUUGAGCUGAAGGAGAUUCACUCUGAGAUUAAUCUGACAGUACCGGACCCCAUCUUGCUUCCAAACCUGCACGAUGGACUGGAAGCGCAAAAUGCCAAAAAGAGAAAGCUGGAGGACGACAGCGGGGACGACAUGGUGACCGGCACCAAGGUCUUCGUCAUGCCUGGCGGGAUGAUGAAGAGCAAUGGAAACCUUGUUGAGCUUAUUGAAAAGGUCAAGCCGGAGAUCAGGACACUCAUCGAGAAAUCCAACACAGUUAAGAUGUGGGUUCAGCUGCUCAUCCCCCGGAUAGAGGAUGGCAACAACUUCGGAGUGUCAAUCCAGGAGGAGACUGUAGCUGAGCUCAGAACAGUUGAAGGAGAGGCCGCUUCUUACCUCGACCAGAUAUCAAGAUACUACAUCACAAGGGCAAAGCUGGUGUCUAAAAUAGCAAAGUAUCCACACGUGGAGGACUACCGGCGCACAGUCACAGAGAUUGACGAGAAGGAGUACAUUAGUCUGAAAAUAAUCGUUUCAGAGCUCAGAAACCAAUACGUAACGUUACAUGAUAUGAUCCUGAAGAAUAUCGAAAAGAUCAAGAGGCCUCGGAGCAGUAAUUCUGACGCGUUGUACUGAUGUUCAUCCAGCCAUUUCAGCCUCUCCCCUCCCCAUCAAGCUGCAGUAGCCUGGCCCUCCUCCGCAGGACUACAUUUAGACAUUCACCCUCAAAACAAUCACCUAAUUCCAAACAAUCAACCCUGUGCUCGGUAUAAAUGCAAAGCUUCUUAGACGGACACGUGUUCAUGUUUUUUGUUUUUGUUUUUCUUGUUUUAAACCCUCGAAGACCUAAAUACUCUCCUGGAAAGUGGGAAGGUAGACCAUAGACGUCAUAAAGCGCUAUGUAUUUUAUAACUUUAAUUAAACCUUUUGUCCUCAGACUUCAGUGAUAUUUCUUUAUUUGUAGUUCAUAAGAAAUACCCCAGUGCUUUUGUGGCGUUUUUUUAAAUUUUUUUUAAAGUAUGUUUUAAGCCUCUUCUGCAUCUGGAGGAUGAAGAUUUUUAGGAACUGCAACACAUUUUUGCUUUGAAUGUUAUACAUUACAACAUGUAGCUGUUACGAAUAUGAAUACAGAACGUGUAUGUGGUCCAUGGGUUUCAUGGCUUUCAGUGGAAGUUCACCAAAGCACCUCCUAUGUUAAGGCAUUGACUCAAAUAAAAAACUUUUUUUGUUAA